UUUUUAGGGGUCCAGCCACCGUGUGAACAUACGGAACCCACGCACGCUAAAACCCUAAAGCCAAAAAACUCCUCUUUGUCAUCAAUGGUGAAUCCUAUAACUUGAGAAGGAACAUAGCUCACUGCUUUAUAAAUCUGUAGAAGGCAAUUGAUGGAAAUGGCUUCAUCUGAAGGUAUAUCCAAAAACGCCGAGGAUACGUUACGCAAAGUCACAAGUGGGCCUUUGCCAUCUACGGUUGCAAAACUCUCUGGUUCUUCAAGAGGAAUACCCAGCGAUAGAGACUUCCAUUUCUACAACAAUUUCAGCGAAUUCAGAACACCCAUAUCAGAAAUAGACAAGAAAUCCAAGGAAAUACUGGAGAAAGUAGGGGCAUUGUCGGAAUUAUGGGGAAAUUCCAUAUCGUAUCUGGAGGAUCUAGAUGAGGAGGAGAGCGGAGAAUGGCUGAUGAACAUAAAUGACGACGUUUUGGAGAAACUGGCGUCGUCAUUGGAUGAGUUUAGGCUGUUGAGAAAGAAAGAAGAGGAGAGUGGAGUGAAGAUGGAGGAGGAGGAUUUUGAAGGCGGGGGGUUUCAAGUGGUUUGUCGGAAGAAGAAUAGGAAAGUAGACAAUGCAAGUGUGGACAAGACUGAAGGGAAGGCGGAGGGGGUGAAAGUGGCUACCAAAGGGAAGCCAAAGGUUCCGUUUCAUAUACCCACCAUCCCCAGGCCGCAAGACGUGUAUAAAAUAAUUGUUAACAAUACAAACCAGCCAUUUGAGCAUGUUUGGUUGCAGAGAAGUGACGAUGGUUCCAGAUUUGUGCAUCCUCUGGAGAAGUUCACUCCCUCAGAUUUUGUUGAGAGUGCUGGCAUCAUUGAGCCUGCCAAACCUCCUCCAUUAGAGAUUACUCCAUUCAAGCUUGUGGAAGAGGUCAAAGAUCUGAAGCAGUUAGCAACCAAGUUGCGUGCUGUGGAUGAGUUUGCGGUUGAUUUGGAGCAUAAUCAAUAUAGAUCGUUUCAAGGAUUGACAUGCUUGAUGCAAAUAUCCACUAGAACUGAAGAUUUUGUUGUUGACACUCUGAAGCUUCGCGUUCACAUUGGCCCACAUCUGAGAGAUAUUUUUAAGGACCACAGGAAGAAAAAGGUGAUGCAUGGUGCUGAUCGAGAUAUUGUGUGGCUUCAACGUGACUUUGGCAUAUAUGUCUGCAAUUUGUUCGACACUGGCCAGGCCUCAAGGGUUUUGAAACUGGAAAGAAACAGUCUGGAGUACCUGCUACAACAUUUUUGUGGAGUUACAGCAAACAAAGAAUAUCAGAAUGCAGAUUGGAGAUUACGCCCACUUCUUGUAGAGAUGAUGAGAUAUGCUAGAGAAGAUACACACUAUCUCUUGUACAUUUAUGAUGUUAUGAGGAUGGAAUUGCUAUCUUCAUCUGCUGACAAUGGAUCUCCUGAUGCUCCUCUAAUAGAGGUGUACAAGCGCAGUUAUGAUAUAUGCAUGCAGCUGUAUGAAAAAGAACUUUUGACUGAUAGCUCAUAUCAGCACAUAUAUGGAUUACAGGGAGCUGGCUUCAAUGCGCAGCAGCUUGCAGUUGUUGCUGGGCUACAUGGGUGGAGGGAUGUUAUUGCCCGAGCAGAAGAUGAAAGUACUGGCUAUGUUUUGCCAAACAAAACACUUAUUGAAAUUGCUAAGCAGAUGCCUCUUACCACAAACAAAUUAAAGCGAUCGAUGAAAUCAAAGCAUCCGUAUGUUGAGCGUAAUCUUGGUGCUGUUGUCAGCAUCAUUAGGUACUCUGUUCAAAAUUCCGCUGCAUAUGAAGCAGCUGUGGAACAUCUGAAGGAAAGGCGCUUAGAAUUACCAGCUGAAGAAAACAUUGUGGGUACUGAGGGUGCUGAAAUGUUAGUUGAAAUUUCUGAGUCACUGAAACCAACAGGGACAGAAACUUCAAAUGUUUGUAGUUCACCUGAUGCUGGUGUCUUUCACGUCCUAGCUUCAAUACAGCAACAAAACGAAUCUCUGAAACCAGAAAGCGCUGUCACUCAAGUUGGUUUUAGUGGACCUGGUGACACCUCUGAACAUCGUAAUGAAUAUGGUGAUAUAAAAGCUACUUCUUCGGGACAGGUGGAAGUAACUAUUCAGGCAAUUAAGAAGCCCAGCUGUGGUCUUGGGAUGUUACUAGGGAGUACAGCAAAGAGGAAGCUGCAUCCUGAUAAAAAAGAGCCGGAAGAGAUCCAAGUGCAGCAGAUCAAGUCUUCGGUGAGCCUUCCAUUCCAUGCAUUUUCAGGUAGGAUUGAGCAGAUACAGCAAGCUGCAACAGACCCUUCUAAACCGUUGGAAAUUAACCAUAUAGGGGAACCUGUUGCUACUAAUUCCAAGUUAGACGUUAUAACCCUGGAGACUGAUUCAGAUGAUGGGGAAUCAGUAAAGGGUGAGCGAUCAACCAGAGAACAGGAAAACUCCUUUGCCAUGCCGGUAGCUACUUCAAAUUUGGAAGAUGUUAUGUUACUGGACGAUGAUUCAGAUCUUGAGGAACCAGUCAAAGAUGAUUCAGAAGCUACUAACAAUCAGCCUGAGUGUGGGGAAACCAAUAAUGCAGUUUCUGUUGAGGAGAUGGAUGAAGGGGAUGAGAAUAUGGCCUUGUCUAAUCUCUCUAGCUUCAACAAGUGUUUCCAUUCGAUAAAUCAAAAAAGUAAGGCAAAGCUUGCUGAGAAACAACAAGCACAUGAAGGUCAGUUGAAGGUUCAGCCUUUUGACUAUGAAGCAGCAAGGCAGCAAGAGGUAUUUGGAGAAGAUCCAGGUAAACAACACCUGGAAAGAGAAGGUGAUGAAUCUCGUAGGAGUGAGACUGGUAAGAAGAAGGAUUUAGUCUUAGGCCAGCCACCGAUUGAAGGGACAGCAGAGUUCCAGCAAGGUAGAAGGCGUCAAGCUUUUCCAGCUUCGGGGAAUCGAAGCUAUACUUUCCGUUAGAAGUUGAAAAGCUAUAUGAACUCGUAAGGUACGGAAUCAGUUGUCUACAAAGGAAGUAACCUCAUCAUGCAUGCUCUUGGUUCAAGCAGGAGGAGGAAAUCAUAGUUUGAUGUUUAUAUGUGAAAGUAAAAAUUUGAAUCAGUUGCGGUGUUACUGUUAAUCUGCAUUUGCUGUGUGGCGCAGUAUUUUAUACAGGUGCAGUGCCUUGUAUAAUAUGCAUCCCACUCUAUCCUAAACUCCUAGGUGGAAACACCGCCCUUAAGAAGGUAAAGGAUUUGAUGGCUUGAUAUAUUGGCAAUGAUGAAACAUAUGAUAUUGCAAGUUAAUAUUACAAGGAAAACAAAACAAUCAAUGAAAAUAUGAUGGUACGGGUGCUAAGAAAGAAAAGUUUUAGUGUCAAAAAAGUUAAAACAUAAUGCGCUCCGCCCCCUCUUUAGUUUGCAGAGAAAUUAUGGGAUUGCUAGAAAUGCUUUUACAUGGAAGACCUGCUUCAGAAUUAUCAAGUCAUGCAACAGUGACCUUUAUUUUCAUGACAAAUGUCAGUCGUGUAAGAGAUAAUAGAGGUCUAUGAUGCAAAUUAAAUUACCGUAUCUUUCAUAUUUUGAGUUGGGAAAGGGGUGGAAAGGGACGGCAACAUGUUAUGUAAUUUGAAUGUGAUGUUCUUUUCGUUCUCCUUUCUGAAGGUGGUCUCCCUUCUCUCUUUCAAACAAAAUUUACAAAACUUGUCCAGAUGUUUACUGUCUAAGUCGCACUUGCUUGUGUGAAUUUUGUCAACUAGUAUUCGUAUCCGUGCGUUGCGCGGAGAAUAUUAAAUAUAAUUUAUCAUAUGAAAGUGUUACUUGAAAAAAAAUGGUAGUCACAAAGGAACACGAAAUUGUUA